AGACUUUAGGCGCGAUGCGCGAUAUGUAUUGACAUACAUACAUACAUACAUUGAUAGCAUAACGGUGAUAGAAACGUGAAAAAAUUGUAAAGAAUCCUAGUACUAUGCACUUUAUUUGUACUUUAUAGUGACAUUCGCGCGGCUGUGAUAUACAUUAUUGAAUAAGUAUAUUUAUCGUUUUGCAAAUUAUCGUAAAAUUUAGAAACAACGUGAGAAGCGAUCGAUGUGGGAUAACCUAAGUUGACAUACGUGCCAUAUGUCUGAGAAAGAGACAAUGACUAGGAAUUAAACGUGAUUAAUAGAGAUUUAUACAAUAGAUAUCUAAUAAAUCAUGGCAUAAUCAACGAGAAUUCUUUGUAUAUGUAAAAACAUUAUAAUUAAAAUGGCAAGAAGCAAAAUGCAAGAAAAACACACAAAGAUAAAAGCUAGACUUGUGAAUGCAAGCUCUGCUAAGACAAGUAAAAGCUUACCAUUAUCAAUGAAUUCUAUAAUUGCUGCUAUAUGUAUUGCUAUUGCAGCUUGGUUUGGAUUCAAAGGAUAUCUUGAAACAAGAGUAAAUACCCCAUAUAAUGUAGAAAAGCUAGUUACCGCAUCUGGUUUGGAUGUUCCGGAUAGAUAUUGGGGGACUUAUAGAUCCAGUGUAUAUUUCGGUUUAAAAACAAGAGAUCCGCAUUCUUUGGUGACCGGUUUGAUGUGGUAUUUUCCACGUUUUCUACGGUACGACGGAAAUGGAUUUAGACAUUGGUGCGACCAAGGUGAUAAAUUAGACAGAUAUGCAUGGCUGGAGCAUGAUGGACGAACGUUUGGUGUUCAAGAAAUAAUAGAUAGUUCUGUAAUUAUAAGAACAACAUUCGUCAAGAGGCCAGGCGGAUAUCAUGGUGGUGACUGGACUGCAAGAAUCGCAGUAUUGCCAGAGAAGGAACACGAUAAAAGGGAAGAAGUAUCGCUGUUAUUUUAUACCGCUAUUGAGGAAAGCACAAAAGGUUGGAUAAAGGCUAAUCUAGGAGAUUACAAUCGCUUGACGGGAAUAGAGGGAAACACACACGGAUUAGGAUCCUUCAUUAUAAACCUAAAUUUACUAAAUGGUACUGUAGAAGAACAUUCCUUUCUAGUAACAGUCGCGUCUGGUCUAAAUGUAUUAAAAGAAACGGUUUUGCAAAAUCUUCGUAUUGCGACUGAAAAAGGAUCUAUGGAGAAACAUGUAGUUUUAGCUGGCGAACAACUGCUCUUAUCAUCCGAUGGCAAGAAAGAGGAUCCAAAUUUCAUAGUUACUCAAGUAACAGGAAGAGCUCCUUUUGAAAUCGAAAUUAGUUACGAAUCUGGCAGCUUUAGUAAUAGAAUAGACAAAUUAACAGGCAAGAACUACGACGAGGCUCUCGAGAAACAGAGACAACUAUUUUCGAAAAAAUUUGAGAAUGUUUUUAAAUUAGAAUCCAAGGGAUACACAGACGACGAAAUAACAUUCGCAAAAAUGGCAUUCUCAAAUCUUCUAGGUUCGAUAGGUUAUUUCUAUGGAACUUCACAAGUGCAAAGUACAUAUACCCAGGAACCCGUGCCUUAUUGGAAAGCACCUUUGUACACCGCUGUACCUAGCAGAAGUUUCUUUCCUCGUGGCUUUCUAUGGGACGAAGGUUUUCACGGUUUACUCAUCUCAAUCUGGGACACAGAGAUAGAGUUGGACAUUAUAAGUCAUUGGUUCGAUCUGAUGAAUGUCGAAGGAUGGAUCCCAAGAGAGAUGAUUUUGGGCCAGGAGGCUCUGGCUAAAGUGCCCGAAGAAUUCGUUACUCAAAUGAAUACAAACGCCAAUCCGCCCACAUUCUUCCUAACGCUGGAUUUUAUACUGCAGCAUAAAGAGCAGGAAUUAUUGAAACAUAAUUUUCAGCUGCUCGAUAAAUUAUAUCCACGUUUGCAGGCGUGGUUCUCCUGGUUCAAUGUCACGCAAGUCGGCGAUCUACCUGGCACAUACAGAUGGCGAGGCAGAGAUGAGACGACUAAUAGAGAAUUGAAUCCCAAAACGCUCACAUCCGGUUUGGACGAUUACCCCAGAGCUUCCCAUCCGAAUAUCGCCGAGCGUCACGUCGACUUGCGUUGCUGGAUCGCGUUCGCCGCUCGGGUUAUGGCUAGAAUCGCUGAAACGUUGAAUUACCCGGCAAAAAAAUAUGAAGAAACAUUCCAGUAUCUAUCCGAUAACAACUUGUUGAACAAACUGCAUUGGUCAUCGAAUACACAAACAUAUUCCGAUUUCGGUUUACAUACCGAUAAAGUAAUCUUACGAAAAUCCGCAUCAUCAUCUCACAAACAGAGAUCUCAUACGCAGUCUUUGGAAAUGAUACGCGUCGUAUUGGAGGAUCCCUCUUUAAAAUACGUCGAUACAACCUUUGGAUAUGUGUCGCUGUUUCCUUUCAUUCUGCAGAUCGUCGAGCCUGACUCGCCACAAUUGGGGAAGAUACUGCAAGAUCUACGGGAUCCCGAUUUGUUGUGGACCAAAUAUGGAUUGCGCUCACUCGCGAAAAUAUCGCCGCUGUAUAUGAAGUACAAUACGGAACAUGAUCCGCCUUACUGGCGCGGUUCUAUCUGGAUAAAUCUCAAUUAUUUGACGGUACGGGCCGCGUAUCAUUAUUCUAACGUAAAGGGCCCAUAUCGAGAAAAUGCGAGAAAAAUAUAUGAAGGGUUGAGAAAGAAUUUGAUACAAAAUAUUAUUAAGCAAUAUAAGAAAACCGGAUACUUGUGGGAACAUUAUAAUAGCGUCGAUGGAGAAGGCAGAGGAAGUCAUCCUUUCACUGGUUGGACUUCCUUGGUUGUAUUCCUUAUGGCAGAAAUAUAUUAAAUAUUUUCGAA